UUUCCUUUUUCUCUUAUAUUUUUAAUGAUUUGUCUAUAUGCAUCCUCGAUGUUUAAAUAUAGCUCUUGAUAUCAUGUCGUUGCUAAGACUCGGUUUAAACAAGUUUGGUCCACUGAGACGGAGACCCACAUGUGGCAACGAGGUUUGCUCAUGGCGUGCCACCAGUAGAUGCCGGUGGAAGAAGACUUCGGCACCACCAAAGAUUUGGAUCUGUUUUUCAGUUUUCUGUAAGGAUGCUUUUGUAAGGGUUUUUUUUUAAUACUUUUGUAAGGGUUUUUUUUAAUACUUUUGUAAGGGCUUCGGCACCCCCCAAGAUUUGGAUGUGUUUGGCCAAAAAAAGGUGUAUCUUUCUUCAGCAUGCAAAGAACUUAAUUACAUUCAUAUUUGAUCAUUGUUGUUUUGUACCUGGUGCAAGAUUGGCCACCACUUACAAGUUAUUUGAUCACUGCUGUUUUGUGUACAUACUGCAAGAUUGGCCACCACUUACAAGUUAUUUGAUCACUGCUGUUUUGUGUACAUACUGCAAGAUUGGCCACCACUUACAAAUUAUGUGGCUACUGCUAUUUUCUUUACAUAAAGAAUUUGCCACAAUCUUAAAACGACAUCGCAAUGCUAUAAUUGAACUCACAUGCAUUUUUAAGAAUGAAGGCAGAAAUUCUGUUCUCCCCCAUGUUGAGGAUCUGACAGCUCUUCAAGUUACAGGAAAUGGCAGCAACGUAGUAGUGCCUGCAAUGCAACCUCCAUGGGAAGCACAAGAUCACACAAGCAUCAACUGGUAUCUAUCUAUCUACUGAUCUCAAUAACAACCACACGAACUAAAUUCCCAUAAUGAUCCUGGCUGCUUCCAACCUCUCGCCUCAACCUCUACCCCUCAGCUCACCACCACCACGGCCACCACUUCCCACGUCCCACAAGACGAGUGAUUGUGCAAAUGCCAAGCCAAUCUCCUCAUCACCUCCAACAUAAACAUAUCUUCCCCGGACGAUAAACAAUAUCGGCACACCAUCGCGGCAUAAUUGCGCAUGAGGGUCUUGUUUAUCCCGUCGAUAUCAAGAUCAAGAAUCCGGCAGCAACGCCUCAGCAGCGUCCCCACGGGACGGACGGACGGUUUGACCCUAGAGAUAACAUUUCUUUCCUUCCAAACAGACAACUUGGUGAUGAAUGAUAAGGUGAUUGAUGUACAUGCUUCCGUACUUUGUCAACAAUAGAGGCCAAGCCACCCUGCAGGGCUGCACCCUACAAAUACCCUGCACAGACCCACGGCAGAAGCACUCAAGUCAAGGCAUUCUCUCUCUAAAGCUAGUAUUCUGCCCCUCCCUUGCCUUGAGCGGUUGAGCCUUCCCUUCCAAUUCUCCCAGCUGAAAUGGAAAGCUCCUACAGUUCAGCCAUGCCGAUGGAGACCGACAUGAUGUCGCAGUUCCUCGGAGGCGACCACCACUGCUUCGCCUACGAGCAGCAGGACGAGUCCAUGGAGGCAAUGGCGGCCAUGUUCUUGCCUGGCCUCGACACCGACUCCAACUCCUCCUCCAGUUGCCUCAACUACGACGUGUCUCCACAAUGCUGGUCACAGCCCCAGCCUCAGCCAGGCCAUAGUUCCAGCGUCACCAGUUUCCUUGAUCCGGCACACGGCUACGAGAGCUUUGAGUUCCCGGUGAUGGACCCCUUCCCGCAUGCCGAAUUCCAGUCCCACUGCACCGACAUCCCCUACCUAGUCGGCGGCGGCGAGGAUCUGAGUCCUCUAGACAGCAACUGUGCACCAGCCGGAGGUGAAGAAGCAGCAAAUGAUCAUACACCUGUGACUAACAAGAGGAAGUCCAGAGCUGCCACCACGGCAUCAAAGAAGGCCAAGAAGGCUGGCAAAAAGGAUUUCACCAGCAACGACAUCGAAGGCGACGAAACCUAUGUCAUCGAUCCUCAAAGCUCCAGCAGCUGCACCUCAGAAGAUGGGGAUCUGGAUGGCAACGCCAAGUCGAGCUCGAAAAAGACGGGCACCAGAGCCAGCCGUGGAGCAGCAACUGAUCCUCAGAGCCUCUAUGCAAGGAAAAGGAGAGAGAGGAUCAAUGAAAGAUUGAAAACCCUGCAGAACUUGGUUCCCAAUGGAACAAAGGUUGACAUCAGUACAAUGCUAGAGGAAGCAGUGGAGUAUGUUAAGUUUAUGCAGCUUCAGAUUAAGUUGUUGAGCUCCGACGACAUGUGGAUGUAUGCACCCCUCGCUUACAAUGGGAUUAACGUCAGCAGUCUUGAGAUGCACAUCGCUGCUCUGCAAAAAUAAAUACCACUCUGGAGAUGUGGCACUAGCUAACACCGAACUGCAUAGGGAUUAAUUGAUUCUGGUCCUUAUAUAUAGUUCCAAUCAUUAUACAUGUAUAAUGUAACUAUACUUGUUUUGCUUCAUACUUUUCUUGGAAUUUCCUGGGAGUUAUACAAAGAAGUAUCAUAAUCAUGUAAAUGAUCAAAGGUCACAAUGAUUUGAUUGGCUU